GCACUAGGACAGCGGAGGAGCCGGCGCCGAGCUGGUCGCAGACGAAGUCCAGCCCGGGGUCCGCAGCCUCCGGAGCGCAGGGCUGCUUUCUUCCUCGGCUGGGCGGCGCUUGCCCUUCGCUCCCGUUGCCCGCUGGCGUCUCGCCCCAAACUGACACACGCCGAGCAGAUGUGAGCGAGCCUGGCCAGAGCCCUGCUGCAGCCGCUCCACAGUUCAGCUCGUUAGCAACACGUCCCGCCGCUCCUCCCCACUAGGUCCCCGCGGGGGAAAUAUGUGGCAGCCGGCAACCGAAAGACUGCAGCACUUUCAGACCAUGUUGAAGACAAAGCUUAAUGUUUUAACUCUUCGGAAGGAGCCUCUCCCCACUGUAAUCUUCCAUGAGCCAGAAGCCAUUGAGCUGUGUACCACAACUCCAUUAAUGAAGACGCGGGCACACACUGGAUGCAAGGUUACAUACCUGGGUAAAGUUUCCACAACAGGGAUGCAGUUUUUGUCAGGUUGCACAGAGAAACCCGUCAUUGAGUUGUGGAAGAAGCACACACUUGCCAGAGAGGAUAUCUUCCCAGCUAAUGCCCUCCUGGAAAUCCGCCCGUUCCAAGUUUGGCUUCAUCAUCUAGACCUCAAAGGAGAGGCCACUGUCCACAUGGAUACCUUUCAGGUUGCACGUAUUGCUUACUGCACUGCCGACCACAAUGUCAGCCCUAAUAUUUUUGCUUGGGUUUAUCGGGAAAUCAAUGACGACUUGUCCUACCAGAUGGACUGCCAUGCUGUAGAGUGUGAGAGCAAGCUAGAGGCCAAGAAGCUAGCACAUGCCAUGAUGGAGGCCUUUAAGAAGACUUUCCAUAGCAUGAAGAGUGAUGGCCGGAUCCACAGGAAUAGCUCAUCUGAGGAAAUGUCUCAAGAAUUGGAAUCUGAUGAUGGCUGACUUAAACUCACUGAUGGUUAAAUAAAAGCAGAAAUGGCCCUGGGAAUAGAAGCAUAUAGAUGAAUAAGCAACAGUUCAGUUUGGGAGUGAUGAAAUUCCCAACACUUGACUGAUCAGCUUUUCAAAAUAAAAAAGAAGCAAUUCAGUAAUUCCCUAAAAUAUAUGCAUCUUUAUAGUAAUUGCAUUACAUUGAAAUCUGCUGCUGUUCUUUAAAAAAUGUGACAAAUGUGUUUUUCUUUCUUGUUUGUCCAUUUUAUCUUCAAGUCCCAUUUCUUAAAGAGAAUAAAUUAUUUCAAUUCGACUGUUGAAACCGAUUGAGUAACUCUAACAAUAAAAUCCUCUAGGAUUCAUUGCUAGCAUCUAAUGUGGUCGCAAAUGGGAUCAGUCUCUACAAACACACACACACACACACACACGCAUAUAAAAUAUCAUUUGGUGACCAACAGCUAUUCCAGUUAGCCACCUCCAGGCUGAAAUAACUACCUGCAGCCUUUUAGAUUAACAGUCUACAGUUAAAUUCAUAUUUCACAGUUUGAAUAUUCCAAGACGCUUAUAUGUACAUGUUAUAAUCAUAUGCUAUAUUUUAUUUCAUUAAUUUUACCUUUUUUAAGGAUGUACCUGCACUUGCUCAUCUUCCACAUCAUUGUUCAUAGCCCCAUCAUUAUUAAUAUAUGAACUGCAGGGAUAGAAAAAUGUGGGCCAAAGGUUGGCGAUCUGAUUGUGAUCCCAUUUUCUCUGAAUCCUUAGCUCACUGCUGAAGAUUGAAAGCGAGAUUGUGAAAACCCUGGACAGUUACUAGGUUGGGUCUAGGAUGCAGGCUGUCUUCCAGUCCUGGCAACGUAUAAAACCUUUAUUUCACAGCAGUCCUGCCAUCAACUGGGUCUAUUUUGGCUUAUUUACCUGAUGGUACAUUUACCUGUACUACCUGAUGUCAAGAGUCAUGUUUGAACUACCAUAAUGAUCCUGGGGUAUCGUUCAGAGGAAAGCCAAGAACCCUUUGUGAUCAAAUUUGAAAGCAGAUGGUUUGUUCUGAUUCAAAACCUCAUUGUGAUCUUUCCUGAACCCAUUUCUGGUCACAGAUGAAAUGAAUCAUAACUUAAGACAUUUGUUUUGUUUUUAAUAAAAAUGUUUAAAGUCCAACUUCUGAUUAAUAGUUUGCAGGUAAUGCUGCUCCUUUAUACAGUCUUGUUCAUAAAUUGUGGUAAUGUUAGGGGCACUAGGGCACCUUACAGAAGCCUUAAAAGAAAGCUAGUCAAAGCAGAUAGCUGUACAAGUCUAUUCCAUCGUGUGUGAAUAUGUACACUUUGUAUAUUUGUGUGCGUGUAUGCGUGCGUGUGCAAUCAGUGUUAAAGCAUGUAGAUUGAUCAUGGGAACAUACUGAGGAGGACUUGCACCUCUUGAAAAUAUGCUUAUUGCUUUCCAAUGUAUGUAAACUAUUCUGCAAUGUAAAGGAAUUCAUACUUUAAUAAAAAAAGUUUGAAUUAAAGAUCAA